AUGUCAAGCUACGAUGCAGCUCCGGAUGAGAUCAUCACCCCUUCUCAAUUUAGAGAAUCGAUGAAGUUGGUAAGGCUUCAGAUCGCCAUUCCCAUAUCCGUACUGGUGGCAAUGGGUGCGAAUAUAGUAUGUGCUUUGGCAAUCAAGCCUGGAUUGUCCGGUAUCAACGCCUUGUUUCCUACUCUAUUAUCGCCAAAUGCUACGAUGGUGGGGAUCUACUGGGCUCUAUUGUAUCUACUACAAGUCGGUUUCUGCUUGGUUCUCUUGCUCGUGAGAAAGGAUGUGACCAAGGAAACCCUCAUCCACGGUGUCGGACUUCGAUUCGCAAUUUCAAACUGGCUACAAGCUACAUGGGCCGUAUUCUUUACCCUCCAAUUCUUCUGGGGAGCGGAGAUUGUCCUCCUCAUCAAUGUGCUUAUACUCUUGUCAAUCCAUGUCACCCUACUCUACUACCCGGUCACGCUCAAAAGACCCAUCGACGCUAUCUUCAUUCACGCCCCAAUGACCAUGUUCCUUGCUAUUCUUUUCGAGCUUGAUUGGCUACACAAUGGGUUCGUCGCUUUGGGAUGGUUCAUCAAAGAGGAAACUGCUAGGGAGAAAUACACCUGGCAAGCUGUAGGGGCGGUCGCAGGUGUCAACGUCGUAGCGGCGGUAUGGGCCGGCAUCAAGCGAUUAUACCUCCUCACCACAGCGAGUAUCUACCUCUUGUUCACUUUACUGUUCUCUUCACCCCGAUCGAACCCUACUUUACCUACCACAGCAUUGCCCAAACCCACUCCACUGCUCGUCACACUCAUCAUCUGCCUGGUGCUUCAUCCUAUCGCUCUUGUCGCUGGAGUGGCCUGGCAAAGAACUAGGGAGAGAGAAGGCAGGAUUAGGCUUGAAGAGGAGGUUGAGAGGGCCGAGCAGGACGAAAGGGAGGCUGAGCAGGAGUCUAGGAUCAGGGGUGAGUAG